AUGCCCUUUGCACAACUGGUCAUCGGCCCGCCUGGCGCAGGCAAGUCGACAUACUGCGAUGGCAUGCACCAGUUCCUCACCGCCGUCGACCGCAAGUGCGCCGUCGUCAACCUCGAUCCCGCAAAUGACAAGACGGCCUACCCAUGCGCCCUCGACAUUCGGGACCUCGUCUCGCUGGAGGAAGUCAUGGAACAAGAAGAGCUGGGCCCGAACGGAGCUGUCAUGUAUGCGCUUGAAGAGCUGAACGAGAACUUCGAGUGGCUCGAGGAAGGCUUGAAAGAGCUCGGCGACGCUUAUAUCCUCUUCGACUGUCCCGGUCAGGUCGAACUAUUUACACAUCACAAUACAAUGCCCAACUUGUUCCACCGUCUCGAAAAGAUUGGCUACAGACUGAUUGUCGUGAAUCUCCUCGACUCCCUCACCCUCGCGCGCCCAACCCUGUAUAUCUCGUCGCUACUACUAUGUCUGCGCAGCAUGCUGCAUUUACCCUUCCCGCUCGUCAACGUCUUGACCAAGAUCGACAACCUGGCGAAGAAUUCGGAGCCUCUUCCCUUCAACCUAGACUACUAUACCGAAGUUCAAGAUCUGGACUACUUACUGCCACAUCUUGAGGCUGAACAAAAUAAUACAUCGGUACAGAAUCUGGAAGACCGUGCUGGCAACAGCGACAUCCCUAAACUUCCGGAAUCUAAAUUCACUGCACUCAACGAGGCCCUGAUCCAAUUAAUAGCUGACUUUGGCCUGGUGGCCUUCGAGACCCUCGCUGUUGAGGACAAAGUCUCCAUGACAAACUUACUGCACGCUGUUGACCGAGCCAGCGGUUACGUCUUUGGUACCGACAAGGGAACCAACGACUCGGUCUGGCAGGUCGCUAUGCAAGAAGGUUGGGGAGGAAAGAUUGAUGUCAGGGAUGUGCAAGAACGCUGGAUUGACAGACGCGACGAGUUUGACGAAAUGGAAAGGCAGCAGAUUGAAGAUCAAAAAGCAGAAGAGGCUCGUCAAGCAGGCCAGCCAGAAGUACGCCGCGUACCUGCACAAGACCCUACUCCGGAGAAGGACUCACAUAUACCUGACCAUGGCGAGGAUCUGGAAGAAAUGCAGGCAGCCUUUCUCAAAGAAAAGUCCAAAGAUACUGACAAUGGCAUCAAGAUCGUCAGAAAGGACUAA